ACGUAGUGGAAUAAGUUCACAUUAGUGACGUAGUGAGGCUGUGAAUCGUGUUGUGAUUGUUAUGUGUUUGUGUGCGUGAACCGCCAUGGAUGGCGAGAACCGGAUCAUUCUGAACGUUGGUGGCAUCAGAUACGAGACGUACAAAGCGACAUUAAAAAAGAUCCCAGCCACGCGUUUGUCGCGGCUGACGGAGGCCCUUGCCAACUACGACCCUGUGCUCAAUGAAUACUUCUUUGACCGGCAUCCUGGCGUGUUCGCGCAGGUCCUCAACUAUUACAGGACCGGAAAACUCCAUUACCCCACAAAUGUCUGCGGGCCACUCUUUGAAGAGGAGCUGGAGUUCUGGGGGCUGGACUCCAACCAGGUGGAGCCGUGCUGCUGGUCCACCUACAGCAUACACAGGGACACACAGAACACCCUGGCGAUCCUUGACAAACUGGAUAUCGACAGCGAAAAGCCUUCAGAAGAAGAAAUCGCUCGACUCUUCGGCUAUGAAGAAGCGUAUUUUGCUGGCGAGCUUGGAGCUUGGCAAAGGCUCAAACCCAGGGUCUGGGCUCUGUUUGACGAGCCUUCAAGCUCACCGCCCGCUAAGGUGAUAUCAGCCCUCUCAGUCUUCUUCAUCUGCGUGUCAGUCCUCUGCUUCUGUCUCAAAACGCAUCCUGACCUUCGAGUGCCGAUGGUGUUACCAGUGGAGAACGGUUCGGAGAGCACAGCCAUGGUGGAGAGCCAGCCGUGGCUGGACCACGGGCAGCCGCAUGUCGCGUUCUUCUAUAUCGAGCUGGUGUGCAACGUGUGGUUCACUGUCGAGCUGCUGGUGCGCUCUGUGUUCUCAAAAAGCAAGGUCAGGACCUUCGAGUGGCGAUGGUUCUGCCAGUGGAGAACGGUUCGGAGAGUACAGCCAUGGUGGAGAGCCAGCCGUGGCUCUUUCUAUAUCGAGUUGGUGUGCAACGUGUGGUUCACUGUCGAGCUGCUGGUGCGCUCUGUGAAAUUAGUCCGGCUCUUCAAGUUAACCAGACACAGCCCGGGGCUCAAGAUCCUGGUGCACACAUUCAAAGCGUCAGCCAAGGAGCUGACCCUUCUAGUGUUUUUCCUCGUUCUGGGCAUCGUCAUCUUCGCCAGCCUCGUCUAUUAUGCGGAGAAGUCUCAGGACAACCCAGAGAACCAGUUCAAGUCCAUCCCCCUCGGCCUUUGGUGGGCCAUCGUCACCAUGACAACGGUGGGGUACGGCGACAUGGCCCCCAAGACGUACCUGGGCAUGUUUGUGGGCGCGCUGUGCGCGUUGGCCGGCGUGCUGACCAUCGCGCUGCCCGUGCCCGUCAUUGUGUCCAACUUCUCCAUGUUCUACUCGCACACGCAGGCGCGGUCAAAACUUCCCAAGAAGCGUCGCCGAGUGCUACCCGUGGAGCAGCCUAGGAGAAAACGGGACGUGAUGGCGUCAAACCGGCGGGUAAACGCGGUGAAACACCCCGUCGUGCUGAAGGAGCUACCUCCCGGUGGGAACAAGUUUGGUGUAAACGGUAUGAACAUGAUCAGCCUCGCACUGCAGGGCCCACCGAACAUCCUGACGCGGCCGUCUACGGCGUCUGCGCAGCCGUUGCAAGCACGGGCUCCUAUUGUCGAGAGCCCAAUCGUGAACACUCAAGCCGGCGCGAUAUCCCUAGCAUCACUGCAACCACCCCUGAUGACGGCCCCACCCCUGCAACCGCGCCCCGCCACCACGGGAGCCCUAGACCUCAUGCUACCACUGCAACCAAAACUACUACCAGGAUACCACUUGCAAUCUUCGUUUCUAACCAGCACCCUCUCCACUGUUCGGCCACCUGACAGAGAUACCAAUUCUACCCCAGAUACCUCCUCUAAAGAUGAAUGUAAAAACUUAGAUAGUUCACAGGUUAAAGUAGAUUGUGAAAAUUAUACCCUAGACAAUGAUGUUAGUGAUGUUACUGACAAUUCUAGUAAAGAUGAAAUUAAUUCUAAUGUAAUUGAUGCCAAAACUAUUGAAACUAGUGUAGUGAGUUCAAAUGACGAUAGUCCUAAUAACAAUUCUUAUUAA